AUGUCAGUGCUUUUGAAAAUAGAGUCUGAGGAAGCAUGGGAAAAACAGAUGUCAGAAACGCCCUCAAGCACUCUGCAAGUUAUUUACUUUAAGACAGAAUGGGCAGCUCCGUGUAAGCAAAUGACUGCAGUACUUGAGACACUAGCCUCUUCGUAUCCCGUCACUGAUCCUCCCUCCACAUCCUGGUUCAUUAUAGACGCGGAAGAUCUCAUCGAUGUGAGCGAAUCUUUCAAAGUCGCCGCAGUUCCAUUUGUUGUUCUGAGGCGUGGAACGACUAUUAUUGAAAGUUUCAGCGGCAACAAAGCUACCACGAUUAGAGCAGCAAUUGAGAGCAACUUAAAUUCACUCCCAGCUGGGACAGGAGCUCCAGAUCUAUCAAUAAGUAAUAAUAGAGAGUCAAAAGAAAAUGAUCCAACUAAGCUGGAAGAAAAUGACUCAAUCACUGCGGCUGACGGCACAGCGGAAGUAGAGACCACCAAGGAAGAUCUCUUCAAAAGACUUAAUACACUCGUUAGAGCUGCGCCUAUAAUGCUUUUUAUGAAAGGAACACCAAGUGCACCUCAGUGCGGGUUCUCCCGGCAACUUGUGGAACUUCUGCGGAACAGCGGUGUCAAAUACGGAUUCUUCAAUAUCUUGGCAGAUGAUGCUGUUAGACAAGGGCUGAAAGAGUUUGCAGACUGGCCCACAUUUCCUCAACUAUGGGCCGGAGGUGAACUUGUUGGCGGCCUAGAUAUCGUUAAGGAAGAAUUAGCUACCAACCCAGAUUUCCUAAAAUCUCUCAUCAACACAACUCCAGCAAUGGAAAAUGAUAAAGCCUCCUAA